UCCGUCAUUCAUAAGUGUUGAUAGUUCUGGAAGAUCACAUAGUAGUACAGUACAGAGUUUAUCUUAAAGGUUAGGCACAGCAGUUUAUGAAAUUAGGAAUUUAAGAACUGAGAGGGGUUUCUAAAACUAGUUGGUGAAUUGUUUUGAAAAUAAAGUUUUUAAAUACCACAACACCAUUCUUAUUCUUGCUCAUUAAGGAUACUGGCAUAGAUGCUGAUAAUCUUCAUACAUAAUGCUAGAAUAACUAAGUAGUGGUAAAAUAGCAACAUGAGUCGGAUGCAAGAUGGGAACAUGGACGGCUCCUUGCCGAUCCGUGAUAUGGGAUCCUUUGUCAGAGCGGCAGCUCCAAGUGAUGCCGACAUUCAAGAGCAUCGAAAUCAAGACAAAGUUUAUAUUGGCUUACACUUACCUCGAACACGACCUCAGAGACAUCGUAGACGACAUCGACAUCAUCGCAGUAGCGAUCGAGAUAAACUUGCCAAAGAAGAAUUUCAAUCUGGUAAGGAAUCUUCUGAUGGCAUUCAACAUCUAACCAGUAAUGAAUCAACCUCAAGAAUAGCUCAUCAUAUGCACCAUGAUUUGGAAACAAUUCCAGAAACCACCCCACCGUCACAGAGAGUACAGUUUAUAUUGGGAGAAGAGGAAGAUGAUGAUCACCGAGCCCAUGAUCUCUUCUGUGAAAUGACAGAACUUUUUACUGAUGGGGAGAAAAUGGAAUGGAAGGAAACUGCUAGAUGGAUUAAGUUUGAAGAAGAUGUAGAAGAAGGAGGAGAGAGAUGGUCUAAACCUCAUGUAGCGACAUUAUCUCUACAUUCACUGUUCGAAUUAAGAUGUAGUUUAUUAUCUGGUACAGUUAUGUUAGAUAUGGAUGCAUAUAGUCUUGAUCAAGUCAUUAAUAUGGUCUUAGACAACAUGGUAGCCUCUAAACAACUGGAAGAUAAUCUACGAGAUCAGUUGCAUGAAGUUAUCACAUUACGUCAUCGACAUCAAAAUGAAAAGAAAUAUCGAGACAGAGACAAGAUGCAUUUACCAAUAAUUCGCUCUCUGGCAGAUAUCGGUAAAAAAUAUUCUGAACCUAAAGGACUGGGCGGUCAAGGAGCAGAUGAACAUUCUUUGACCUUGGCAGUUGAAGAUCGUCUUGGAGCCAAGAGUUCCCCAAAUUUCCAAAGUAUUGCUCGAAACAACAGUGGUAUACACGUGCCAGAAAAUGGUGGAUUAAACACGAGUGCGUCAUUUACUGGAGGAAGUGUCCUCGGAGAUAUUCCAGAAAAUGCAUCCCAUAAAGUGAGUCAUGAUCCCUUAAUGAAGAAUCUUCAUUUUAUGAAGAAAAUUCCUCCAGGUGCUGAAGCAUCUAACAUAAUGGUUGGAGAGAUGGAUUGUUUAAAUCAUCAAAUUGUAGCAUUUGUCCGUCUGUCAAGAGCUGUAUUAUUGGGGGAUUUGACCGAAGUUCCAGUUCCUUCCAGGUUUCUCUUUUUACUCCUGGGUCCCACAGGAAAUCAAAAUCGAUUCCAUGAAAUUGGACGAUCUAUUGCCACUCUUAUGUCUGAUGAGAUAUUCCACGAUGUGGCAUACCAUGCAAGAAAUCGAGAAGAUUUAUUGGCUGGUAUUGAUGAAUUUUUAGAUCAGGUUACAGUAUUGCCCCCUGGUGAGUGGGAUCCAAGCAUAAGAAUAGAACCACCAAAAAGUGUUCCUUCUCAGGAAGGAAGAAAGCAAGCAAAUGCAACCCGUCCUCUACCAAAUGGUAAAGCUGUUGUUGAAGAUGAAGGAGAAGAAGAAAGGGAUUUAACUCUUACCAGAACUGGCAGAUUUUUUGGUGGCUUAAUAGAUGAUGUAAAAAGGAAAGUAAAAUGGUGGCCCAGUGAUUUCAAAGAUGCCAUUCACGUCCAAUGUUUGGCUUCGUUUAUUUUUUUGUAUUUUGCCUGCUUGACGCCAAUUAUUACCUUUGGUGGUUUGUUAGGAGACGCAACUGGUAACAAUAUGGCAGCUCUAGAGAGUAUAUUAGCUGGAGCUAUUUGUGGUAUUACAUACUCGUUAUGUGCUGGACAACCAUUAACUAUAUUAGGUUCUACAGGACCUGUUCUAGUUUUUGAAACCAUCCUUAAUCAUUUCUGUAGUGAUAAUGGUAUAGAUUAUUUGCAGUUCCGUCUGUGGAUAGGAAUAUGGACAGGGUUAAUUCUUAUCUUUAUGGUGGCAUUUGAUCUUAGUGCUCUUGUUCGAUUUAUAACCAGAUUUACAGAGGAAAGUUUUGCUGCUUUGAUUUCUCUUAUUUUCAUCUACGAGGCUCUUGCUAAGUUGAUUAAAAUUAAAGAUACAGAUCCAUAUAACCCUCAUCCAGGACAGAACCUUACAUAUGACUGUUGGUGUGGUCCAUCAAACUCUACAAAUGAGACAGUGUCAGUGAAUUGGACGGAUGUGAAUAAAGAAGACUGUGAAAAGGAUUAUAAUGGCACAUUAUCUGGACCAGGAUGCAAUACACCAGUCUACGUAGGAGAUGUGUUUUUCUUCUCCAUCAUACUGUUUUUCGGAACCUUCGUUGUCUCUUUUGCUCUAAAGAUGAUGAAAGAUAAGCCAGUUUUUCCUACAGUUGUAAGAAGUGUUCUCAGUGAUUUCUCUGUUCUCAUCGCUAUUAUUCUGAUGGUGGGACUUGAUAUUUUGGUUGGUUUGCACACUCCUAAACUUGAAGUACCCUCCACAUUUUCUCCAACCAAUCCUGAUAGAGAAUGGUUUAUUAUGCCAUUUGGUAAAAAUCCCUGGUGGUUUUCUAUAGCUGCUCUUAUACCAGCAUUAUUGUGCACCAUUCUGAUUUUUAUGGAUCAACAGAUUACGGCUGUAAUUGUCAACAGGAAAGAAAACAAAUUGAAGAAAGGUCAUGGUUAUCAUCUGGAUUUAUUUAUAGUAGCUUUCUUGAUUAUUGUGAAUUCUUUUCUGGGAUUACCUUGGUUUGUGGCAGCUACUGUUCUCUCUAUUAAUCAUGUUAACAGCUUAAAGAAGGAAUCACAGUGUGCAGCACCUGGUGAAAAACCCAAGUUCCUGGGAAUCAGAGAGAAUCGGUUAACAGGUGUAAUGAUCUUCCUUAUGAUUGGUCUUUCUGUUUUGCUCACUUCUGUUCUAAUGUUUAUUCCUAUGCCAGUUUUAUUUGGUGUGUUUCUGUAUAUGGGUGUGUCAUCUUUAAAAGGAAUGGAAUUGGUCGAUCGAGUGGCCAUUUUGUUUAUGCCAACCAAAUAUCAACCUGAUCUGAUGUAUUUACGUCAUGUGCGAACAAAAAGAGUUCAUAUAUUUACUGCAAUUCAGUUAUUCUGUUUAAUAGUGUUGUGGGUGAUUAAGACUAUUAAAGUCAUCUCUAUAGCAUUCCCAAUUAUGGUGCUAGCUAUGUGUUUUGUAAGGAAGGGAAUGGACUUUUAUUUCUCUCAGAAUGAGUUAAAAUGGUUAGAUGAUAUAAUGCCUGAAGCUCAUAAGAGAGAAAAGGAAGACAAAAAGAAGGAUGAGGUUUUGAGAAUGAUGCAUGCUGGUGAUGUGAAUGAUUUAGAACAUAUAAAGGCCCUGUGGCUGAAUUCUGAUGUCAACUCUAAUUUGGAGAGAAGAAGUUUGAUAGAAGGUAAUGGUAUUCAGCUACCUUUAUCAGACAGUGGUGUUCCUGUCGAACAUAUUACUAUUAGUGCCGAGUUAGAUUCAGUUAAUAUCACAGAGGAAGUAGCUAAAACAGCCAUGUGGAGAACUAUUGUAGCCAAUGAUUCCUCAUCUAAUCUCACACAAGAUGAAGCCAGACAAUCUAAUUCCAAAAAAAAAAAGAAACAUAGUAAAAAGACUCGUGAGAAAGAGAAUGGAGAAAACCUACCCACAAUACCUGGUAGUCCUCACGCUGUAGAUGAAGAACACCGGGAGUCCCCUAGGAAAAAAGCUCCGGUGAAGUUUUAUAUAGAUGAAGAUCUCACUGAAGAGAAGGAGUCUUUGAUUAAACCGCCAGAAAUUGUGGUUGAUCCACCCAGUGAGGUUAAUUUGAGUUCGCCAGAAGAGGAGAGUAAGAUGUAGGUGUUUAUAUCUCACAUGAAAAAACUAAUGUGCAUAUUACAUAGAACUACAAUGUGAAAUAUUUCAAUACAUCAAUAUUGAUAUAUGCAUAUUCAAAGACACAUGUUAAUAAAAAUGUGUAAUAAUUGUUUGAAGUCGCAUAAAUAGUCAGCUACUUAUUUUCUUCUUGGUUUUAUUUUGGAAAAUGUUGACAUGAUUACUUGUGGCAAAUAAUAAUGUGUUUUAAUUUGUUUUUGUUGAUUAUACUAAAAUGUGUUGAGUUCUGAAAGUUUUAUGAUGUUAUACUGAAAUGUUCUAUGUGGCAUAAUAUGUACAAUUUUAGUGAUUUAAUUAUGACCCAAAAUGAAUUUUAAUAAAACCUGUUAAAUGUGUAUUUUAAGUGAUACAAUAAGUGGAGCAUAAGUAGAAAUGCAUAAAAAUGUGUAUCAUAAACAUACACUGUUAAUUAGUGCAUUGAAAUAAAUGUUUUAUUAAACUGAUAUAUAUUAUAAUACGUCAUUAAACUGUGUAUUUAUAGGGAUGCAUUAGAAUGUGUAUUGGUGGAGACACAAAGUUAUAUCAAUACAUAAAAACAGUAAAUCCAUUAUUUUAAACUGUGUAUUAUAGAGAAUCUGAUAUUUUAAUCAGUGCAUCAAGAGAGACUGAUUUUUACCAUAUGAUUUUAUAGUUGUGAUAAAACACUUCGGUGAUAUAAACCAAAUGAAUAAUAAAAAGUGAUACAUGUUUUAACAUUUACAUUAUAUUUGUAUGCUAUUAUGUUUAUAAACAUGUUAUUAAUGAAAUCAACUAACAUUGAGUUCAGAUUGAACUGGUGGAAAGUUUUUGUCUCGGCCUUGAUUUCAUAUCAGUUACUAAGCAUAAAGUUAUUAAGAUAUGUUUGCACAGAUUUUAAAUGCACUAAAACAAGGUGACUGAUAAUGUGUGUAUAUUUGAGAUAAUUAUAACAAAACAUAUCUUUACAAACUAAAACUUUAAACGUUCUAAUAAAUGAUUUAAUUAAUGUAUUGUACAUUUACAAGUUGAAUAUAUUUUAGUGACCUUUGUAAAAAUUGUAGUAAUAAUGAAGACCUUCUAUAUCAUAUGUUUAAAUUUUAGUAUGUUCUAAAGCUUUUCAAAUAUCUUAGUUUUUAAAUCUUUUGUUUUAGAGAUAAAAUGAUUGUCUUUAUUGUUUUAUAUUAGAAGAAUUGGUGGGUUAUGUCAUUACAGCAAUAUUUUAAUUAAACUUUGAGUAGUAAUUGGUAUAUGCAUGAGUAAUUCAAUUUUUCGUGCAGUUUCAAUUCUGAUUUGUUUAUUUUUAAAAAAAUCUUCUGUUGACAAAACUCAUUUAAGAGUUGUGGAAUCAAAAUAUCUUAACCUCCACAAGAUCAGCUGUUGAAAAUAAUUUAGACAGUUGACAUACUGUUAUGCGUCGAAACCUGUAGACUGUGAUCACGUUCUGCUGGAACAAGAAUCAGUAUAUAUUUUAAACUAGUAUUUUUUUUUUUUUGUAUAUUAUGAAAGUUGUCCUUGCCAAAUAAAAGGUUUGAUUCCAAAAACAUCUGAUUGUUUUAAAUUUCACCGUUUUCAACAGAAUUGAUUCUAUUAAGAUCUAUUUUCCCUCUUAAUUAGCUUGUUCAAAGGCAUAAUAAUAGUUUCUACAAUAAAAGUGAACGUCAAAAAGUAUUGUUGAAUAUGGUGGAAUAUUUUGAGUCUUGUAUAUUGUAUAUACAUAAUAAUAUAUCAACUGAGUAUAUAUUAAUUGAUUAUUAUAUGGAUUGUUUUACUGUAGAUUUAUAUUAUAUACCAUGUCUCUCAUUUAGGUUUUUUUUUUUGCCAGUCAAUAUUCGCCAAGCAUUUGAAAUGUCAGGCUGAGAAACCUACCCGUCAGUCAGCUUAAAUGUUAAAAAUUCUAAUAUUUAUUUACUGUUCCUGUUUAUUUCUUAUACAAGAAAACUUAUCCAGCUGGCAAAAUACUGAAUGGAAAUCCCUGUUACCCACCAACCUUAAAAUAGCUAGUUUGAUUGCUUUUAGUUCUUUAAAAUACUGCUUGUCAUCAAGUUUAGAUGACAAUAGUCCAUAUAUUUUUAUCUUGCAACUCAUGGUACUUAUUCUCAUAAGAUUAUCAUUCAUAAUAAUGGAAUGAAUCCUAACAGCCUCAAUCAGUAUUCUAGAUUAAACAUAAUUUAUCUUUUUUUUGUUUCAUAUUUCAUUUCAAAAACAUCAAUUCCACUUAUGCAUGGACUGGUUCUGUUUUAGGGGUAUGAGAUAAAUUAUAUAAUACUACUAGUAGCAAGGUUUUUUUUUCAAAAGAAGGGACUUGGGUGACUGGUGGUUCAGCCUUUGCAAGAGAAUUUUCAAAAUUAAUCAAAUACUUAUUAUAAGGCUUACACUAUACUAAAAAAUUAAAUAAUGCUGACACUGUUAAAAUAUCCAAUUGUUUGUAAAUAUGGGAUUAAUGUAUAGAAUACUGUAAUUUUUUAAUGAAUUUACUUUAAUUAACAGUGUGUGAAUUUAGUAUAAUAUUAUGAUAAAUAUGAGACAAGAAAGGGUCCUUUUAUUUAGUGCAGGUUCACAGAUGUUAUCUAUAUUAUUCAAGUAUUUAUGAACAUUGAUAUACCUCUUAAGUUAUUUUUGUCAAAAUGCUGAUUUCCUGUUUGUUUAUUUUAGAAAAUAUCAGCUUAAAGGGGCAUACUACAGUAAAUAAACAAUAAAAAUAAUAAUGCUAGUUAAAGGGCUCGUUAUAAAUUUGAGAAAUAAAUCAAUUAAAAAAUUUACUGAAGAUCAUUAUGUUAAUUAAAAAUGAUUACAAAUGUGGAAAACAAAGCUGUUUCUAAUGUACCUUAUAAUUGUUGUAGUAUGUACCUUUUAAGUAUUGAUCAAACUCCACGCGUAAUAGUUCUAAACUUUAAAGCCAGUUAUAUGUUCAUUUCAUGUGUCAUUCAACUGUGUAUUGUUGUUGGCUUGGUCUUAGAAAUAACUGUUGUGUUAAAAUAAGUAUAUGUAGAACUAUAAUAAUUAAAGCAUGUCCAUUCAUAAAUAUGAUUUGGAACUGUCAUAAUUCAUGUCAUUAUUUUCUUUCAAUUUGUUGUUGAUUUUGAUUAUUUAUAUUCAUUGUGCUUUUUAUUUUGAGUUGUACAAUAUAACAAAUGUUUGAAUUCCGUUUCUGAACGAAAUCCAAUUAUCAUAUCUUCUUUCUCAGAUUAUAAAUUGAACCUUUAAUUAAUAAACAAACAUCAGAUUUAGAGAAUCUUCAUUGAUAAUUAUUUUAAAACACCCAACCCCUUUCGUCGUCUGUACUGAAACUAUUUUCAUUUUUAUGUUAAUUAGAAUACUAGUUCAUUUCUAAAAGAAUUGCUAUAUUUUACUUCCUCAUUGCCCCUCAUUCUAAGAAAUGUACAGUAUUUUUGCGCAUUUAAAACUUAAAAUUUCAUUCAUAAUCAAUGUAUAUUGUUUUACCUAUCAUUUUGUUCUAUUAUGAAUUCUUCUAAAUCAACUACACGGUUGAUCUGUUUGGGAAAUGAGUUUACACAAUGGAGAGUUGAGUUUGAUAAUAAUCUUUAUGUAGGCCUGUAAUUCUUUUAAGAUAGUUUUAAGGAUUUUAAAUUAUAUAAAUAUAUAUAUUAAGAUUGCUUAUUUUAGAUAAAUAUACAUUUGUAAAAUUAGUUUAUUUCUACCUGUAUUUCUGUUUCAAAAGUCUGAUUUUACAACUGACUUGCUGUAUUAAGGUUACCAUCUGCCUCUGUACAAUGAUUCUGACGAUGCAUUUAUUAGCUAUAGAAAAUUUAUUGUAUACAAGUAUAUUAAAAUUAUUUUAUGACAAAGAUAUUGGAUGAGACCAAAAUUAUAUAAGGCACUUAAAUGUUAUGUUAUGCAAAUUUGAAUCCAUAUGGUAUGAACCUAGCAAUAUAUUAUGAUAAUCUGAGCAUAUUUAAUGACACAUUGAUGAUUAUGUCCCUUUUGUCUCUUUCCAAACAAUAAUCUCCAUAUUACUGUACACUUUUGUUUAAAAAUGCACAUAGCAGACUAGUGCUAAAGAUAAUUUGUGGAAUGCAUAGGAAAAAAAACAUCGUGUUGUGUAUAUACACGUAACUGCCAAGAUAUUUUGUGUGUAAGAAUGUCAUGAAAUCCAUUAUUUUAAGUCUUUUGUUUUAAAUUUCUUUUAUUGUUUCAAUUGAUAUUUUAAUCUUUUUGUUGAUUUUCUUUUAUUUCUCUUAAUUUAGCAUCAUUUGCUCAUUCACAUAAUAAUUAAGUAAACAAAUUGAAGCAUAAAUAAAAUGAAUAACUUAA